GGGGGGGGAGGAAGGGGCUUGCAGCCUUUAGGAGUGUGGCAGAUGUUUUGCAAAUACAGAGAUGCUGUUGAAGAUCCCCUGCAGGGAUGCAGGGAGAUGCAAAGCAAGUUGAUUGGGAUUGGAAUUGUGAAAAUCUGUAAUGCAAAUUCGUGCCUUCGAAAGUUGUGCAUAACUAUCCCCCAGGAAAGGUACGUAAUUAAUAGUGAUAAAUCAGUAAACCCUACUCUGUAACAGCUGUCCUCCAUAAACAAUUGCUGGAGCUUGUGUUAAAAUAUCUUUGACUUGAAGCAGUAAUCCCACCUCGGCUUAUUUGAGCACGUAGCUCUCAGUAUCUGCACUGCCAAUUAGAUCUGUUGGAGCUCUUUGCUGGUGUGAAUUGUACAUGAGUUUUACCUAAAUAAAACCAGAAAAGAUUAAAUGCUGGUUUUCAGGGCACACAGGCUCAGAGCUGGGCCGAGGGGAGGUGUGGGGCGUCAGCUGCUUUCACCUCCACGUGUUUUGUUCCUUCCAUGAGCUGCCUUGGGAGGCGUUACCGAACGGAGGCGGCAGUGCUGCACAGUGGGGCCGCUGCUGUGGCUCUGUGGGGGGCUGCUGUGGUCACGUUGUCCUGCUGGGUCCAGCUGUACCUGGGGGGUGCGGAUCUCGGGUCUGGGCGGGGGGGAUUUAUUGCAGUGCUUUCAUGGAUGAAGAUUGGCCUGCUCGAGGUUGAUGCAGUUCUGGCUUGCUUUGUAGACUGCUCUGUUAUAUUUGCACUGUCUGUGCUGAGCAAUGAGAUGUAUGCAAACCUCUGUCUUUCAGCUUUGCUGGAAGCCACGCUUUACUCAAAGACACAGCAUUUGCUGACGAGCGGCCGCCGCUCCUCACCUCAGAUUAAAAUACCUGAAAGCAGGCUCUGGUCUGAACAUUCCUGGCAGGAAAGCUGCGCUCCCAUCCUUGGGUCCCUCUGCCCCAUCCCCCCCUCUUCCCCACCACCCCUCAGCAUUUCCCGCCGCUGCCUUUUCCUCACCUUCCCGCCGCCUCGCGCUGCUCAGGCCUUCCCCGCCGCCAUGUUUAAGGGCUGCCAGGCCUGGUUCUCCCACAGCGUCCAGCCCGGCCCCCGGCAGCUGUGGGUGGCUGGCGGAGGGCUGCUCACCCGCUGGCAGGACGCUGAUUAUCUCUUCAGCAGCGAUGCCGCUCACCCCGAUACCCGCAGCAUACAUGAGAGCCUGGAGUACCUGGAUGGCAGAGCUACAGUGUUCCAUUCCUGUUAUCUCUCGGCGUGGGUGAACUGCAGCACUGCCAAGCAGCAGCCCGUGGCUCUGGGGCACUUUGUGCUGCCCCCCGCCUGCCUGCAGGAAGAAAUCAGGAAAAAAAUUGGUAGAUUUCUUUGGGAGCAGAUGGAUGAUUCCCUUGUGGAACAGCCUGAAGAAAAGCUGUCUGAUGAACCAGAGACAGUGAGCAAGGAGUGUGAGCAAGGAGCUGGGGAGGAUGCACAGAACGUAUCCGAAAGCAGUGAAGGAAUAAGGGGCUCAAGAGCAUCCAGCCAGGGGGAAGCUCCAUGCCACGCACUUCAGGAAUAUCCAAUAAAUAACAUGGUGACAGGCUACACCUCUGCCCGUCACAUGAGGAAAUACAUCGGAGAGCUACACGACUUCAUUCCUGGCACCGCAGGUUACACCGCCUACUGGGUUCGUAAUGAAAUCAGCCUUCACCCUGAUGUGAAAACUAACAAAAUUCUAAGUAACAGGCAGCUGUUCUCAGCAAAACCUUAACGGAGCGCUGCCAAACACCAUCAGCCAGGUAUGGCAGUUCAGUUCUGUUAACCAGCAUCCUGUGGUUGCCCCCAAGUAAGGCUGCCUUCCCUGCCUUCUGGCAGAUUGAUCGUUAUUCCAGCGGGCAGCCUUUGUUCUCACUGCAUUUUAGUUACAUAGUGGAGAUCGGUGGUACUGAGCUGCAAAUUCUGAGUUAAAUCCCUGCAGUGUUUGAGGGCUCUCAGCCACUCGUGUUUGGUUUAUCCUGGUGACAGCUCAGUACACUUUACAUACCUGCCUGAAUUUGUUGCAAACAUUUUUCUCCUUACUACUGAAAGCAAAUUCCACAGCAAGCAUAAAUACAAGUGUACCCCCCAAAGAGCAAAUCCUCUGCCUUUUUAUUUGUAUGGGGUAGUUAACACGUGUCCCAUGGCUGCCAACAGUCAGGAGAGCCUUUGGCUCAGGGCCUCCAAGGAGCCCUGUGGGUUUGAAUGGGUUCUGAGCAUGGGCCCCAGUCUUCUCCUUAGCAAAACCCACAUAAACCGCAGUCCUGAGCACAAGUGCUGACACUGAUCAUGCAAAAAAUAGGGAAGGAAAUGGAUUAAGAACCCUUUUCUGCUGGAGGAACCCAAGAGCACAGCAGGGACUGGUAGGUCCUCUGUACAGCAGGAUGGGAGUCGCGGGGUGAAUGCAGCUCUCCCCGGGGACAAUGGUAGGAGAUGGGGGGUCCACCUGGAGGCUUCAAGGCCUGUCUCCUGUAUGGGCUUCCACCCUCAGACAGCAGGUUGCUCAGCUGUUCAUUCCCCUUGUAGAAAUAAACACAGAGAGACUUUUCCUCUUCCAUCUAAGCACUGAGAGAUCUGGUCAGAAAGACAGCUUUUAUUCUGGCACCGCACGACCUUGUGAGCUUCCCACUCAAAGCUGGGAGGCUCCGAGGGCACUCCAUGUUUGCCCUCUCAGAGCAGUGCGCCACC